GACAUGAGCGCCCGGCGGCCCGACGCACCCAAGGCGCAGCGGCCCGGUCCCGUGGCCCCGUAAUGGGCUCCUGCGUGUCGCGAGAUCUGUUCACAAGUGCCCACAAGGACUGCCCCAUGCCCCAGGGCACAGACCCCCUGAACCCAGACCUGCCUUCCAGCCACCCACCCACCGUUGCUCCAGACCAUGUCAUUGGCAAGGACAAACAGAUGGACUUCUGUUGGGAUCCUUGGCAGAGGUGCUUCCAGACCACCAACGGCUACCUGUCUGACUCCAGAUCCUGCUCCAGCAACUACAAUGUGGCAGCCUUGGCCACCUCGUCCCUUGUGGGGGUGGUGCAGAGCAUUAAGGAUCACAUCACAAAGCCCACAGCCAUGGCGCGUGGCCGCGUGGCCCACCUCAUCGAGUGGAAGGGCUGGAGCGCCCAGCGGUCGGGCUGGGAGCUGCCGUCAGCGGAGGAGGAGCAUUACUGCUGCCUGCCGGAUGAGCUGCGUGAGGCCCGCUUUGCUGCAGGGGUUGCUGAGCAGUUUGCCAUUACGGAGGCCACGCUGAGUGCCUGGUCCUCACUGGACAACGAGGAGCUGCACCCUGAGAACAGCACCCAGGACAUUGUCCACUUACAAGACCUGGAGAGCGUCUACCUACAGGACAGCCUUCUGAGCCCCUCACAGGAUGACAGUCUUCUGGCCUUCUCCCCCGGUCCCUCGCCCGAUGGCUGGCCCUCACCUGAUGGGCCCUCUAUCACAGAGGCCUGCCUGCAGCCCUCUAGCUCUGAACAGCAGCAUCGGCGGCGGCUGCCAGGGGGCCCGGCUCAGGGCUCCCUGCCCUCGGUGGACAGCGGCUCCCUCUCUGAGGAGGAGGAUGAGGUGUUCUAUAACUGA